UCAUCCCAUCUCUUAACAAGAAACAAGAGGUAAAGACAGUUUAGUACUGAUUUCGAGGUGAAUUGUUUAUGGAAAUAGUCAUAUUCAGUACUCUCUGGCUGAAGUCAAAUUGUUUGAAUUAGUUGAUCAAGUUUUAAAUAUAUUCUGAUCAAGAACAAGUUUGUUUUGACAAACAUUUUGUUGCUUUUAGGCUAGUCUAUAACUUUCCACAGGAGAAACAAAUCAAAGCGUAAUUUUUUUUACCUGUUUAUUUUUGGGACCAGAACUAAAUAAUGUGUUCAAGCAGCGAACCUCUGGAGAUAACUGGUAUUGAGUUGGCCCACAUCCUCAGAACUCCCCGGGACCAGUUCGCCUCAGGCGGCUGUGUACUGCUGGACUGUCGGCCUUUCCUUGCCUUUUCCAGGACUCACAUCUCUGAGUCCCGCAAUGUCAACUGGAACUCGAUGCUCCGGCGUCGGUCCAAGAGCUCCGUUGUUUGUUUGGAGUGGUUGGUCGCGGACAAGGACCUCCUUGGUCAGCUGUGCAGGGGGGAUUUCUCGCCAAUGGUGGUGCUUGAUGAGAGUAGCCUUUCUAUGGCCGAACUGAAAGGGGAAAGCUUGGCCAGUAUGCUGCUGAACGCUCUACAAGCCGAUGUCCAAUCCAGCUCAGCACAGAUCUGCUUUCUACAAGGUGGCUUUGAGGGGUUCCAUGAAGAAUAUCCAGAAGUCUGUUUCAACUCCCCAGGCCUGCUGGGACACAGCCCUGCAAUGAUGGACCCGGAGCCAAGCGUGACAGGGCGGAAAACACCACUCUAUGAUCAGGAGGGUCCGGUGGAGCUCCUCCCCUUCCUGUUCCUGGGCAGUGCAGUUCAUUCGUCACGGCGCGAAACUCUCACUGCAGCGGGGAUCACGGCAGUGCUCAACGUGUCCUCCUCCAGCCCCAACCUAUAUGAAGAGGACCUAAAAUACAUGAGACUCACUGUAGAGGACAGCCUGGCUGCAGACAUCGCAGCUCGCUUCCCUGAGGCCAUCGCCUUCAUAGACUCGGUGAAGGAGAGUGGUGGUCGUGUGCUGGUGCACUGCCAGGCCGGCAUCUCUCGCUCGGCCACUAUCUGUCUGGCCUACCUCAUCCACGCCCGCCGCGUCCGAUUGGACGAGGCCUUCGACUUCGUGAAGCAGCGACGCCAGGUCAUCUCUCCCAACCUGGCCUUCAUGGGACAGCUGCUACAGUUUGAGACCGACGUUCUGUGUCACUGACCCCAUCAUUAGCCAUAUAUUUAUAUAUAUGCCUUGCCACUAACAAGACUUGCAGAGAUAUAUUUCUGAGGAAGACUCAAGAGAAAUGUAUUGUAUAUAUGCACUUCCACUAGGUGGAUUAGUCCAAAAAGUUGACUUGGACUGUGAUGAAUAAUGUGUAUCGAUUUCACACGUUUUUAUGUGUCUCUGCAUGGCCACAGCCUCAUAACUGCUCAGAGAAAUGUUUACCCACUCUGCCAGUGGCUGGGCUGUAUCUGAGAGAAACCCACAGACAGUACAUGGUGAGAGAAAUGUAUAUCUGCUGUACUGCUGGCAGGAGAAAUAUAUAUGUGUGUGCUAUUUGCCUUUUUGGACAUUUUGCAAGGGCUGACAUAAAGGCCUAUACUGUGCGGUAAACCCCAGCAAGCUGUUGGGUACCGGAGUAAUAACUACUGUCUGUAAAACUAAAUGUGAAUGAUUUGUAUCUUGAUCAGGUGAUUUAAUGUAUUAAGGGCAAUACAUCAAUGCAAUCAAUUUCCUAACACCAGUGCAAAUCUGAAACAAGCUCAUCCUCAUCAAAUCAUAGGUGUUGGCUGUAGCUUGCAGGUCUGCUCUGGGCAAAGGGAAGAAGCCAUCUCAAUCGUUAUGGUGUUUUUAUAAAACUUAUUUUGACUAAUUUUAUUAUGGUUUUGACAGUAUUGUGUAACUGUCGGUUACUGCACUUUAUUUGCCAAUGUGGAGGCAGAUUCCUGCUGUUUUUCACAGAUUAAAUACUUUAUAAACUGGAAAA